ACACAAAGUUCUCUUUCAUAGCAGUUUGUUCUAGGAUCCUAUCUUUGUUGACUGCUGCAGCAGUAGUGGAUGCUCAGCUCCCUCUUCCUUGGAUCCUAUUCUUACUGUUCACUCACUGUCAUCCAUUUUACUCUCUGGGGGCUGAAAUCCCUCUAGAGAUCCUGUGGAGGAACUCAGAUCAGUGGAGUCGGUGUGUUUUAAUGCAGAGCAGCCGACCCGUUGGGAUCCGGUCCUUGUUUUCUGACCGUCCCGGGGGUUGGAAAACUGCUGGAAAGUUCAGACAGACACACUCCGUCACGCUACGCACGGCAGGCAGCUCAGAGAUGAAGGGUUUUGUCUGCACCACAGGCAGAAAAGGAUUGCUCACAACUUUCCAAGAAGGAUGUUUUUCAUAUGUCGCUCACGGCCUCUCAGGGACUCUAUGACAAACAUGUGUUUGUUUGUUCCAAAGCAAACAGUGGAAUGGCUGUUUUAGCUGUCGCUCACCCUCACGUCGGACAGGUAGAAAAAGAAAGUAGAGGAGAGGGGAGAAUGCAACCAGACAGCCACCAUCCAGCCUUUUGCGGUGCUGCUGCUGAAUGCUGAGUAUAAGGCUGCAGGGUUAUGGAGGUGGCACAGAGGCUUUGCUCAGGCUUGUUUGAAGUUUUUUUCCCAUGUCAAAGGUAAAGGAUUACCCGGGGGGUUGGAAUGCAGCCUGGAAGUGAAGGUCUCAGAGAGCUACCCUAAACACCACCACACCGGGGAGAGGAGUGUGAGAUUAUGUUUGCUUUGCGACUGUGUGAAUGUAGGUGUGUACGUGUAAGUUAGGCUAGUUUGUGCAUGCCUGUGUGUGUGGGAGAGUUCAGUGUAGUGCCAUGCUACUGCUGAGCAGUCGGGCUACGGAGCAGGCUAUCCCCGGGGCCACAAGCAAAGCUGUAACAGCCCACCAGUCAGGAGGAGGUAGGACCACGGUGUAUCACAUCUCUGUCAUCCUGAAUGGAACUUUGGGGCAUGAGGAGGUGGGGGUGAGGGAGGGCCUGGCCGCCAGACACGCCUCCCUGGAGCAGAGUCAUCCGGCAGCCAGGAGCACCAGGGCACGGCCACAGGCGCUGCAGGGGAAGGAGGGACACUUCAGGCUUGGCAGGUGGCCCUCCCUGAGCCGUACAGGCAGAGUGGGGGGGAGGAGGGAGGAGGCAGUGCAGGAGGAGGAGGAGGAGAGAAGAAAAAUGAAGACGGACCGGUUUCUCCAACUCCAACAGUUCUCUGGUAACUCAGCAGCUCCAGCAGCAGCCCAUCCUUCUCAGAUUGACUGGGAGACUGCAGCGGUAGGAGUAGAGGUAAAGGCAGCUACAGCAGCUCUAGAGCAACAGAAGACCCAGGUAGAGACCCAGGGACAGGACGUUUCUCCCCAGACUGAAGUGCCUCUCCCUGGGCAUCAUGGUGGUGUCCCUGCCGGUGGUGUUCUGGCCGGUGGUGGCUCUCCACCCCGGGCUGUGCUCCGCAGGAGGCCAUCCCAGGACAGUGCUGCUCCACACAACAGGAGGGCGGUGAGCAUGUAUGGAGCCGCAGCCAGGCAGCAUCGAGGCUCGCUAAGCCGCCAGGACAGACAGGACAGGCCCAGGAGUGUGUGCAUGCUUGCAGGCCCCAACCUAAACCCUACCCUAUCAGAGCCCGGGUCCCACUCCCAACAGACCUCCAGGAGGGGGGCUACAAGGUCUCUGGACGGUCCCCCACAGCAGCGCUGGACCAGGAGGGCAGAGCUGCGGGCGGUGGACGGCCUUAAGCCAGGGGUACUCCCUCAGUGGACGGUGGCGGGGGCUGAGGAGAAGGUGGUCCCCAGGGUCCGGCAGCAGACCUGGAAACCGAGACCGGUCAGCAUGACUGUGUUGGAGCUGAGGAAGAAGGCCUCGGGGUCUCAGGAGGGGCUGGACAGCCAAAGAGGAAGCCAGGGGGGAGGUCUAUUUGGCCGCUGGAGGCUGUUUGGCCGACCAGCUCAGGACAAGGAAAAGGAGGAAGCCCCAGACCCAGGCUCCAAGCUCAGCAGCAAGCCAGAUGCCCCGAAGAAGACCCUGAGCUCCUUACGCCGGAGCCUCAGUCUGCGGAUCAGGAGGAACCGGCCGCGGGAGAGAGUGGACAUUUCUGAGGUGACAGCAGAGGAACGCUCACGCACUACAAGUAUGGAGCAGGAGACAUCUCUCCCCUUGCGGCCCUUCUCCUAUCUGACUGGGAGGACCCUGCCACCUCCUUGCGAGAGGGACGAUGAUGGAGGGAGGCAGUUCAUUCAUUACCACAGCCAGGGCAAGGUUAAGGUGAUGGAGGUGCCCCUCUAUCCAGCCAAACUGUCCUCCUCUACUAAACCGGCCCAGGAGGAGCCCAGCCUAUGGCAGCUCAUAGCCAGACGCUUUAGGAGGAAGGAGCAGCAGCAACCGUCCAACGGUAAAUGUGAACUCCAGCCCCGACACCAGAGCAAAGAGACUGGCAAAUAUUCCCUGGGCAGGAUUAAAAAGCCUCAGUCAGUUGCAAUAGAGACUCUGGCAGACUGCAACAAAGUUCAAGACUCUUUCGUCAAUAGCCAGGAGUGGACAUUGAGUCGAUCAGUGCCAGAGCUCAAAGUGGGUAUUGUGGGUAAUCUGUCGAGUGGGAAGUCUGCCUUGGUCCACCGGUACCUGACAGGCACAUAUGUGCAGGAGGAAUCUCCUGAAGGUGGUCGGUUCAAGAAGGAGAUGGUGGUUGAUGGACAGAGCUACCUGCUGCUGAUCAGAGAUGAGGGAGGCCCCCCGGAGCUGCAGUUUGCAGCAUGGGUAGACGCUGUGGUGUUUGUCUUCAGUCUGGAGGAUGAGAUCAGUUUCCAGACAGUCUACAACUAUUUUCUGCGUCUGUCCAGCUACAGGAACACAGCAGAAGUCCCCAUGGUCCUGGUUGGGACGCAAGAUGCCAUCAGUGCUGCCAACCCCAGAGUGAUCGAUGACUCGCGGGCGAGGAAGCUGUCCAAUGAUCUGAAGCGCUCCACCUACUACGAGACCUGCUCCACCUAUGGCCUCAAUGUGGAACGAGUCUUCCAGGAUGUUGCCCAGAAGGUGGUGGCUCUGAGGAAAAAGCAGCAGCUGUCUAUUGGUCCGUGCAAGUCCCUGCCCAACUCUCCCAGCCACUCAUCAGUCCCCAACGCAUCCAUCCCCUCUGUGCAUAUUAACCAGUCGGCAAACGGUGGGGGUGUGUUCAGCGACUACUCCUCCUCUGUGCCCUCCACUCCCAGCAUUAGCCAGAGGGAGAUGCGUAUCGAGACCAUUGCUGCCUCCAACACGCCCACACCCAUCCGCAAGCAGUCUAAGCGCCGCUCCAACAUCUUCACUUCACGGAAAGCCAACAGUGAACAGGCAAAGAACACUGACAGUAAAACAGAUAGCAUAGGCAGUGGAAGGGCCAUACCCAUCAAACAGGGCAUCCUUCUGAAGAGAAGUGGGAAGUCCCUGAAUAAGGAGUGGAAGAAGAAAUACGUCACACUGUGUGACAAUGGCCUUCUCACCUACCACCCCAGUUUACAUGACUACAUGCAGAAUGUGCACGGUAAAGAGAUUGACCUGUUGAGGACCACGGUCAAGGUGCCAGGGAAGCGACCACCCAGAGCGGUCACCACCAUCGCCCCCACCGCCAGCCCCAAGACCAACGGGCUGACCAAGGACCGUAGCACCCUGCAGCUAGGAGUGGGCACUGCAGGUGCGCCCCACUCUAACAGUAGUACGUCCCUCCAGUCAGAGCAUUCGGUCGGCGGGGGAAAUCUGGUGGGCUUUGGGGGCAGUAAAGACGGCAUGCACCAACGCUCCUUCUCUGUGUCCAGCGCUGACCAAUGGAACGAGGCUGUCAUCAACACCAGUGCAAGCACCGGGACCGCCAACGGGAUGGCCGAGCCCCUGACCUGCAGCUCUGGGGUGGGCAGUGCCACCAGUCCCAAGCAGGAGCCUCCCCCCUCGCCUCACUCCAACCGCAAGAGACACAGACGGAAAAAGAGCACAGGCAUCACCAAGCCAGACGGACCAUCUACAGGCAACGAAGAGUCGGAGGAGUCGUUUGAGUUCACCAUUGUGUCUCUGACGGGCCAGAUGUGGUACUUCGAAGCGUCUACAUUUGAGGAGAGAGAGCUGUGGGUCACAGCCAUUGAGAGCCAGAUUUUUGCCAGCCUGCAGUCCUGUGAGAGCAUGAAGAACAAGUCCCGGUUAGGCAGCCAAAGUGAUGCGGCUUCCAUUCAGUCCAUAAGGAACGUGAGAGGGAACAGCUUCUGUGUGGACUGUGAUACAGCCAACCCUGACUGGGCCAGUCUGAACCUGGGGGCUCUGAUCUGUAUAGAGUGCUCAGGGAUCCACAGGAACCUGGGGACCCACCUGUCAAGGGUGAGGUCUCUGGACCUGGAUGACUGGCCUGUGGAGCUCAGCAUGGUGCUGAUGGCUAUAGGCAACACCAUGGCCAACAGUGUCUGGGAGGGGGCCCUGGAGGGGUACACCAAGGUGGGCGCUGACAGCACCAGGGAGGAGAGGGAGCGUUGGAUCCGGGCAAAGUAUGAACAGAAGCUGUUCCUUAUGGAUGUCCCCCAGUCGGACGUGCCCCUGGGGCAGCAGCUGCUUCGGGCUGUGGUGGAGGACGACCUGAGGCUGGUGGUGCUGCUGCUGGCCCACGGCACCAAGGAGGAGGUCAACGAGACGUAUGGGGACGGGGACGGACGCACUGCCCUGCACCUGUCCUGCGCCAUGGCCAAUGUGGUCAUCACCCAGCUUCUCAUCUGGUAUGGUGUGGAUGUGAAGAGUCGAGACGCGCGCGGCCAGACGCCGCUGUCCUGCGCCCGCCGGGCAGGAAGCCAGGAAUGUUCUGACAUCCUGCUCCAGCACGGCUGCCCCAAUGACCCCGUCAGCAGCCUGACCACACCCAAUAUGAGCCGCAGAAACCCCGAUGUUAACCCUAACCCUAACGUCAACAAUAACAACGCCCUCGGUGAACUCAACCGCAGUGUCAGUAUCAUGUAGGACCAGGAGUGGAUCUGACCGGACUCACGGAUCAUCAAGGCCCCUGAACAUACACGUGUCCCCAUAGACUACCCAGUGAUCGUACUACUUUCCCAGUGUCCAGUCCUCAUUCUCCUCUACUUCAUAUUGUGUAACCUAGACUGAGUAACUGACAGUGGAGUUUCUGUUGUUGUUGGCGCAACGGACAGGAUAGAGAUAUUCCACGACACUGAGAGAGGUGCUUACCUGGUGGACAUUGUAUAUUGUAUUUGUUUAGUUGUUUUUCUCAUAUCAUCACCACAGAGGUGAAUCUCUGUCAGAAACGAUCAUGAUCAGCUUUAAAGCUUGUUAUUGUUAUUAAGCAUCAACCAAAUGAAUGGCUCAAGAUUUCUUUGUGUUUUUGGCAUUCACCUCUCCUCUCCCCACUCUGUACUAAAACAUUUCCUUUCAGGUCUUCAUCUGUUGGAGCCAGACUGGGUUUUUAUUUGACUGUUAUAUGAAAUGACUAAUUCCAUCCAUUCAUGCUUCCAUGCCUACAUGGAGAAAGAUAAACACCUUCGUAACAUUUUGCAUUAGAUACUCAAAAGGAACUGCUAUGUUGGAUAUCACUUACCAGGUACCAUGGUAAGUGAUACCAUGCAUAGUCAGGUACCAUGGUAAGUGAUACCAUGCAUAGUCAGGUACCAUGGUAAGUGAUACCAUGCAUAGUCAGGUACCAUGGUAAGUGAUACCAUGCAUAGUCAGGUACCAUGGUAAGUGAUACCAUGCAUAGUCAGGUACCAUGGUAAGUGAUACCAUGCAUAGUCAGGUACCAUGGUAAGUGAUACCAUGCAUAGUCAGGUACCAUGGUAAGUGAUACCAUGCAUAGUCAGGUACCAUGGUAAGUGAUACCAUGCAUAGUCAGGUACCAUGGUAAGUGAUACCAUGCAUAGUCAGGUACCAUGGUAAAUGAUACCAUGCAUAGUCAGGUACCAUGGUAAAUGAUACCAUGCAUAGUCAAAAAGGAUUUAAAUACUUUACUUAGGGGCAAAAGGUUUAAACCACAAUUUGAGAUUUAAGAAAUGAUUGCACAAUGGGAGAAUUUUGGGAGAUAGUAAAGUGAUUUAAUUUGUUGUCCUUGCAAAUCAUCCAUUAUAAGGGAAUUGAUGGGUCUGUUUUAUGAGCACCGGGCCGAAUGUUUUUUGUAAAGAUUCCUCUUCAAUCAGAAAUCUUUCACAGGAAUGAUUGAAGGAGGAAAUUGUAUCAUUAAGACAUCUUUGUUGGAGUAAUUUCUGAACAGGUUGAAGAGUGUUGAUAAUUACUUGACACAUCACAUUAUCCUAAACCAAUUUUCUAACUACUACAGGCGUAAUGGAAUAUCUGUUCACCUCCUGUGGCCGAAGGCCCUGUAUAUUGGUACUCAUGAUACUAUUUAUUCUGUUGUUGCUGUGAACAAUGUGGUACGUGUGUGUGUGUGUGCUUAUGUAUGAGUGUGUGAGUGAAAGAGAGAGAGAGCAAGCAACUGAGUAAAUCUGUGUAAGGACACCAUUGGGAGGAAAGGUUAACAUUUAUAGUUGUUUGACUAAAAUAUGUUUUCAAGUGUACAGACCUAAAGUAGCUCUUUCUCCUAUAAGAUUUAUCCUGAAACAUUGUGGAUUAACUUGGACUUCUGGAGUCGUAAUUUCCUCUCCAACUGACUUUAACCGACCAUCCUUACUCAAUGGACCUAACCAAGUACAUUCAAGUGUCAAACUGUUUAGAUGGCAACUGAACGGGUCAAGAUGAUGGAUGAAGAGAAAAGCUGCGAUGACUUGAGACACUAUGGUAAUUCUUCAUGAUAAUAUCACAUGUAUAUAUCAGUACUGGGACAAGAUAAAGGAGGAAGGGCUUUGACCACAGGAAUAUUCAAGUGAUAUUGGUAUAAAGUCUAUAGAGACAUGUGUUUUUCCUUGCUCUUCCACUGUUUUAAGGGUUGAAGUUAAAACCCUGUUUUCUGGUUUUACUAUGGCGGUGUUUAUGUUUACAGGGAAAAGGCUCUUCAUAUUAACCCUGGUACUUUAUCUACAUGGUUUUGUUGAUUCCCAGCGGGCAUAACUGGUUGGAAUUAUAUCAGUAUAACCAUAUUACAAUCUGGUUGUAAACUGGUUGGAAUGACAAUUUAAACCAGCUUGGCUCGGUGUAUUCCCUCUGUAUUUGUAGUUUAUUGAAGCUCACAGAAUAUCAAUGGGGCUCCCGAGCAGCGCAGUGGUCUAAGGCACUGCAUGGUUUGAUUCCAGGCUGUAUCACAUCCGACCGUGAUUGGGAGUCCCAUAGGGCGGCGCACAAUUGGCCCAGCAUCGUCUGAGUUUGGCCGGGGUAGGCCAUCAUUGUAAAUAAGAAUUUGUUCUUAACUGACUUGCCUAGUUAAAUAAAGGUUAAAUAAAUAACCAAAUUACAUUUUGACUGAUGGUCAACAGAGCUUGUAGACAGCCUUAAGUUAUAACGGUACAUUGACAAGUUGUUUUUUUCCUUAGGUGUACAGUAUGUGUAUAAACCACCAUGGCACCAGCUUAAUUAAAUACAUUCUUGAGUAAAUUUCCAAGUAUGUCUGAUAUACGGUAGUAGAUUAUUUCUUAUAGGAGUUUACGGUAUAUACUUACCUAAUGCCAUAGUACCUUUUUCACCCUUGUAAUAUUUCCCUUCCCCACUGCUCUUAAUGUUGCCUGACUAUAACCAUUAUUCAUUCUAAGCAAAGUGUUUUCCCCCAAAGACAGGCUGUUCUGACAUGGCACCCUAUUCCCUAAAUAGUGCACUAUUUUUGAUCAGAGCAUAAUGCGUGACCUGGUCAAAAGUAGUGCACUAUAAGGGAGAAGGUUAAUUACCAUUUCGAACACACCCAGGAUGUACUGUAGAUAUGGGUCCAAGAUCCUCUAUGACCAGACAAGCUUCCAGACAAACAAUUGAAAAUAUUUGAGUUUCCGGUCACUCUUUUUUACUUGUCAACCCUAUUUUUAUAUCUUGUUAAAUUUUUCCUCUUUGUUUUUAAGCAUAUUUUUAGGUACUUUGGUCUCAAUGUAUCUACAUUAUCUGACCAUUUGAGGUACUCUGUGUAUAAUGAUGUACAUUUGACAUAUUUAUAAUGCAGUAUGUAAAUAUGUUUUUUUUUUUUUUGUUUAAUUUUCCUGUAUUGUUUUUCUCUGUUUACGUUUAGAACUUGAAACAAAGGUUAAAGCUAAAGGGUUACCUGCAGCGUGAUUGGACGCUUGGAUGACUGUUGAACUAUUCAAACACUCCAAUAAAACAAUGUAGCCUUUCCUGGAUUUGGGAAAUAACAAAAA